AUGUACGCAACGGUGAAUGGCACUGGCCUUGCAACCGAUUGGAGAAGUGCCUACUUCUAUUGUGAUCAACAACAAGGCACUCUCCUCUCAAUUCACAACACUUUUCAAAACAAUUUGCUUGCAGAUCUUCAAAAAAAUGUGACCGGCUAUGACGCGGAACUUUGGUUGGGUGCUUUUCUGAAUGCAAAUGGAAGUUGGGCCUGGACUGAUGAUACACCAUUUGACUAUCAGCGUUUUCAAUCAAGUGCGAACGGCGACUUUGCAACCCUGGACUCUAGAGAUGGUUUAUGGAAAAAGAGAACAAUGAUGCAAAAUAAAACUUUCUUUUGCAUGAGCUUGGUGACAACGUCAACUCCAUCAACGUUGACAACGUCAACUCCAUCAAUCUUAACCACUCAACCACCACAAGUUUGCUUGCCAGUUGACCAACAACCUUUGUACAACUGUAGAGAUGGUUGGCAGUAUUCACCGGAGACCGGCUUUCAAUAUUUGGUUUUUUAUGACACACGGGUUUCUGCUGCAGAAGCGAUUUGUCAAUCUCAAGGCGGUCAUCUUGCAUCAAUUCACAGCAAAGCUGAAAACGAUUUCAUUGCGGGUCUUUGCUGUGAAAAUGGAUGUGACUAUUUAUCGCAUGUAGGCAGCAAUUUCGGCUGGUAUAUCGUUGGAGGAAAACUUAUAAAUGGAACAGUCCAAUGGAUUGAUGGGAGUCCUUCAGACUAUCAACAGAAUUCAUGCUUGGCUAAUGGUGAUGGGAAUUGGCUUAUAAUUAUGAACUACGAUUCUAACUGCAAUCGUUUCACUUGCGGAGGAGGAACAUGGGACUUCGAUGGAUAUGAUUGGGAUAUUGCACCGUAUACGAUUUGCAAAAAGAAA